AAGCUCAGCCUGGCUAAACUCGAGCUGAUAAGCUCGGACACUCUCAGUGACGGUACAUCGAGAGAGCAGCGGCGUCGUGUAUCGAUGGCGCAGAAGAGCAAUCUGGUGAUCGAUCCAACCGGUUUCUGUAAAUCGAACUCCGUCUUCUACAGCAAACGUAAGACCCCCGCACACCCACUUAACCAUUCCCUGGAUGUCACCACCUUCAUCUCUUCCCGGGCCCACCAUGGCAAGAUCGCCUUCGUCGACGCCUCCACCGGCCGCCACCUCACCUUCCCCGAUCUCUGGCUUGCCGUCGAUUCCGUUGCCACUUGUCUCUCUGAGAUGGGUGUCAAGAAAGGCCAAGUCAUCUUCCUCCUCUCUCCCAACUCCAUCUUCUUCCCCGUUGUGUGUCUCGCCGUCAUGUCCCUCGGCGCCGUAAUAACCACCACCAACCCCCUCAAUACCAACCGAGAAAUCGCCAAGCAGAUCACCGAUUCGAAACCGGUCCUCGCUUUCACUACUCGCGAACUCGUUCCCAAACUUGCCGGGUCAAAUCUCCGAAUAGUACUACUGGACGAGCAGUCCAUCCCCACUGUUCAGAAUGCUAGAAUUGUGGCCUCGUUGGAGGAAAUGCUGAAGAAGCCCCCAAGUGGGACCCGAGUCAGGGAACGAGUCAACCAGGACGACACGGCGACUCUGCUCUACUCGUCAGGCACCACCGGUGCGAGUAAAGGGGUGGUGGGUUCUCAUAAGAGCCUCAUAGCAAUGGUUCAAAUCGUGCUCAGCCGCUUCAAUUUGGACGAAGGAGACCAGAGGAUCAUCUGCACCGUCCCUAUGUUUCACAUCUACGGUCUAGCAGUGUUCGCGUUGGCCCUACUGGCGUCAGGAACGACGGUGGUGAUCCUCUCCAAGUACGAGAUGCAUGACAUGCUCUCAGCGAUCGAGAAGUACCGGGUAACAUACCUCCCUCUCGUGCCACCGAUUCUAGUGGCGCUCGUGAACAGUGCUGAUCAGAUACGGACCAAGUACAAUCUGAGCUCGCUCCAAUCGGUUUUGUCCGGUGGAGCCCCGCUGAGCAAGGAGGUGAUCGAGGGGUUCGUGGAGAGGUAUCCAACGGUGACAAUUCUUCAGGGGUACGGGUUGACGGAAUCGUCAGGGGUGGGGGCGUCCACGGACUCAUUGGAGGAGAGCAGGCGGUACGGAACGGCGGGGUUGUUGUCUUCAGGCAUGGAGGCAAAGAUUGUGAGCCCGGAGACCGGUGAAGCUCUGCCGGUAAACCGGCCCGGUGAGCUUUGGCUCAGAGGUCCCACCAUCAUGACAGGUUAUUUCAGUAAUGCAGAAGCAACAGCAUCAACUCUUGAUUCAGAGGGAUGGUUGAAAACUGGAGAUAUCUGCUAUAUUGAUGAUGAUGGGUUCAUUUUUGUUGUUGAUAGGUUGAAGGAGCUAAUUAAAUACAAGGGAUAUCAGGUCCCCCCAGCUGAACUAGAGGCCUUGUUGCUUGCUCAUCCGGAGAUCUCUGAUGCUGCUGUUAUACCCUUUCCUGAUAAGGAGGCUGGACAGUGCCCCAUGGCAUACGUGGUAAGAAAAGCUGGAAGCAAUCUCUCUGACAGAGCAGUCAUGGACUUUGUAACGGGACAGGUGGCUCCAUACAAGAGAAUCAGGAGAGUGGCAUUUAUAGAUUCUAUACCCAAGAAUCCGUCCGGCAAGAUUCUUAGGAAGGAUCUUAUACAGCUUGCAACCUCCAAACUCUGAAUUGUUUAUUGUUUGCUUACUGGGACGGUUACAGUUGCAUUUCUUCAUUAACAUAAAAAACCCAUGUAUUUAUCCAUUUUAUGCUCGGAUGAAUGAAUCGUGCUUGUUAUUUUGGUUUGAGAAAUACUUUAGCCACAAAGAGAUUGCACAAGAGUAAACUUAUAAAUUAAUGUGGAUUGAUGUAUAUAGUACGUCAGAUUGUAAAAUUACUUGUAUUUUAAAAUGAAACAUAUCACAUAAAGUCACAUUAAUUUGUGAAUUUAGUUUUAUGAAAUCUAUUUGUGACUAUAGUACUA